GAGGGGGUGGGAAGGCGGCGGAGGGUCGCACUUCCGCCUCGGGGAGUGUCAACGGGUCUCUCCUGGGGCUUGCGGCGGGAGAGCGUGUGCGCGUGCGCACGCCCGCACCGCAGGACGGGGACGCGCCGGGCGACAGGUCAUCUGGAACUAUUUUGCUUUUAUGAAAAGCUAAAUCACAUCAAAAACAACUAUGCAUUAAUGAGAUACUGGAAGGGGAAAAACACUAUCUAAAAGAAUGAAUAGUGAAGAGGAAUUCUAUGAUGCUGUCACAGGCUUUGAUUCUGAUAAUUCUUCGGGAGAGUUUUCAGAAGCAGUUCAUAAAGUUGAUGUGGAUGACCACCAGAGUAAUAGGACUGGAAAACACAAUGGCGAUGGGCCAGUACAAGAGAACGGAAUCAAGAAACACAGAACAUCAUUACCUGCCCCGAUGUUUACUAGGAGUGAUUUCAGUGUCUGGAGUAUCUUAAAAAAAUGCAUUGGAUUGGAGCUGUCAAAAAUUACCAUGCCCAUUGCCUUCAAUGAACCUCUGAGCUUCCUCCAACGAAUAACAGAAUAUAUGGAGCACACAUACCUCAUUAAUAAAGCAAACUGUCAUUCUAACCCUCUAGAAAGAAUGCAGGCUGUUGCUGCUUUUGCUGUCUCUGCUGUAGCCGCUCAGUGGGAGAGAACAGGCAAACCAUUUAACCCUCUCCUUGGAGAAACAUAUGAAUUAAUCAGGGAGGAUUUAGGUUUUAGGUUUAUUUCUGAGCAGGUCAGUCACCAUCCACCUAUCAGUGCAUUUUAUUCUGAAGGCUUAAACCAGGACUUCAUUUUUCAUGGGUCAAUUUAUCCUAAAUUGAAGUUCUGGGGGAAGAGUAUAGAAGCAGAACCCCGGGGAACAAUAACAUUGGAACUGUUAAAACAUAAUGAAGCUUACACUUGGACUAACCCUACCUGUUGUGUACAUAAUGUAAUUAUUGGCAAGCUCUGGAUAGAACAGUAUGGAACCGUAGAAAUUAUAAAUCACAGUACUGGAGAUAAAUGUAUUCUUAACUUUAAACCAUGUGGGCUGUUUGGUAAAGAGCUUCACAGAAUAGAGGGCUACAUUCAGGACAAAAAUAAGAAGAAACUCUCAGUGAUCUAUGGGAAAUGGACAGAAUGUUUGUGGUGCAUUGAUCCUUACACUUAUGAAAACUCCAAGAAGAAUGAGAGGAGAAGUGGUGAUCAGAAGAAACCAAAGCCGAGAGAUGAUCCUGAAAAUGAUGAAGCUGAUGAUAUGCCAGAGAUUCAAGAGACUGUGCAAGUUAUACCUGGUAGUAAGCUACUUUGGAGGAUAAGUUUAAGGCCAUCAAAUUCAUCACAGCUCCCAAUACAGCCCCGACACUUCCGCUUCUGA